CUCUCCCUCCGCAUCUUAUUCAAACAACACAAACUCUCAAACAUUCCAUUCAUCUCUACCAAUUCCCAUUAUACCCUUUCCUUGCUGAUAUCAGAGACCAAUGGCUCGCACUAAGCAGACGGCCAGGAAAUCGACGGGAGGCAAGGCCCCACGUAAGCAGCUGGCUACCAAGGCUGCGAGGAAAUCGGCCCCAGCGACCGGAGGCGUGAAGAAGCCGCACCGAUUCAGGCCAGGGACGGUGGCCCUGAGAGAGAUCCGGAAGUACCAGAAGAGCACGGAGCUUCUGAUAAGGAAGCUGCCUUUCCAGAGGCUCGUCCGUGAGAUAGCUCAGGACUUCAAGACGGAUCUGAGGUUCCAGAGCAGCGCUGUCGCUGCUCUCCAGGAGGCUGCCGAGUCCUACCUGGUAGGCCUCUUUGAGGACACCAACCUCUGCGCAAUCCAUGCCAAGAGGGUCACCAUCAUGCCCAAAGACAUCCAGCUUGCACGCAGGAUCCGUGGAGAAAGGGCUUAGAUGAUCAAUGGUCUUGAUGCAGUUGCUGCUGCCUUUGUUUUCUUUAUUUCUGUCAUUUUGGAUGUGGCUGCAGAUUUCUAUCUUUGGUUUGUUCCUGUACACUGCUAAUGAAAAUCUUCAACGUUUUCAUA